AAAGGAGCUGUAAUCAUAUCAAUACUACUCCAUAGUUCCAAUGAGCAUUGCAAUGCGAUGCAAGCCAAAAAUGCAUUCUAUCUUACUGCAAGCCAAGCAUCCAAAUCAGUCCGAGAAUGGGCAGUGCAUGCGGGCCUCUCAGUCUCACCAAAGUCCACCGAAAACAUUCGGAACUCGUUAGUGAAGACUCAGAAGAUUAUGAACUUGGAACUUGGACGUACUAGGGUACUCAAUCUGGCAUAUGACAAUUGCGACUUCAAAUUCGGAGUUGGUCAGUCAACGGAUCUCAAUGAACGUACCUUUGAGAGUAUCACCACUGGCGUGUUCCUCAAUCCCCCUAGUCAAGUGCUCCCGGAGCAUCUUGAGUAUGCCGAAAUGAUCUGGGAACGUCACAACAAUAACCCG